AUGGGCCAAGGAUACUCAUCUAUCGCGCUCCCGGCCGGUCCUAGUGCGAUAGAGACCGCAGAGCUCACAGACCUGACGUUCGAGCGGCCCUUGGGAGGCGCCCGGUUUCUGAGGACCGUCCGAGCCAGGCACCAGAAUGGCGUCGUUGUGGCCAAAGUGGCCAUGAAAGCCAACGCUUCCGUGUCCUUCAAACAAUACGCCAAAGCACUGCGCCAGGAACGACAGAAUCUGAGAGAUAUUCCGAACGUUCUACCUUACUCGCGGAUUCGCGAGACGAGUACGCUGGGAGUUCUUGUGCGGCAGUUUGUCCACUCGUCACUGUAUGACCGCAUCAGCAUCCGGCCGUUUCUGGAGGAUAUCGAGAAGAAAUGGAUCGCUUUUCAGCUUCUGUGUGCUGUGCGCGACUGUCACGCUCGAGGCGUCUUUCAUGGAGAUAUCAAGUCGGAGGAUGUUGUGGUCACGUCGUGGGGCUGGAUCUACCUGACGGAUUUUGCGUCCUCGUUCAAGCCUGUCUAUCUACCUGAGGACAAUCCUGCGGACUUCUCCUUCUACUACGACACAUCGGCUCGAAGGACUUGCUACCUUGCGCCUGAGCGAUUCCUCGCAGCGGGAGAGCAACCGAGUGAGGGGAAUGUGGUUCAGUGGAAUAUGGAUAUCUUCAGCUUGGGCUGUGUCUUGGCGGAGCUGUUCACUGAGGUGCCAACCUUCACGCUCAGUCAGCUUUUCCGCUAUCGCAAAGGCGAAUACGAUCCUACGGUCUCGUUGCUGAACAAAGUCGAUGAUGACCAUGUGCGGUCUCUGAUCAGCAGUAUGAUCAGACUGGAUCCGACUGAGCGUUGGCAUGCGAGCGACUAUCUGGACGAGUACAAGGGGAAGGCGUUUCCCCUGUACUUCUACAACCACCUUCACACUCUCAUGCAAGAGAUUACGGAUCCUGCUUCCGGUCGUAGAUCUAUCGUUGCUGGCGAGACAAACAAUGGCUACGCAGAUGAUCGCAUUGACAGGAUCUAUAGUGACUUCGAGAUGCUCUCAGUGUCUCUGGGAUACCAAGACACGCAAUCCGAUGAGGCUUCUGCGCCGGCUAAGCCUGCAUACCUGAGAGGACUGUUCCCGCUUCAGGUGGACCUCCCGAACAGCCGGCAUACUGCUCACGCUGCGCAUCCCAGCAGUGGCGAGAACGGCACCUUCAUUCUCCUCAACGUCAUCACCGCUUCACUACGAAGUUCAGCAAGGGCUUCAUCGAAAGUUAGAGCUUGCGAGCUACUGCUGGCCUUUGCAGAACGUCUGCCCGACGAGGCCAAGCUUGAUCGCAUUCUGCCCUACAUCAUGCCUCUCCUUGAAGACAAGAAUGAGAUGGUUCUGAUCGCGGCCCUGCGAACAAUGACCCAGCUACUGGCUCUCGUGACUGUGGUCUCCCCCGUAAACUCAUUCCUGUUCACGCAGUACAUCUUCCCCAGACUCCAGGUCUUUGUCAAAACUGAUCCGUUCGAAUCAUAUGCUCUGGUACGAGCGACGUAUGCAGCAUGUCUGGCAAGCCUGGCAGAGACGGCGACCCGCUUCUUGGACAUCAUGCAAGCCCUUCGCGCGGAAGGCUCGCUUCCAUCUGCGGAUAAAGGAGUGGAUGCUGAUGCGGACAAUGUCAUCGCGAGUGAUGAUGCGUUUGACGAAGCUCGACUCGGAAUGUUGGAGCAGUUCGAAGCGCAGACCAAGGUCUUCCUCACAGACGAGGACAAGACCGUCCGCCGCGCAUUUCUACUCUCUGUCUCAAGCCUCUGCGUGUUUCUGGGCGAGACAAGAGCAGCGGAUGUGAUCCUCAGCCAUUUGAACACAUACCUCAAUGAUCCCGACUGGAUGCUGAAGUGUGCGUUCUUCAGGACGAUAGUCGGUGUGGCCAUCUACAUUGGGAGUGCUAAUCUUGAAGAAUUCAUCUUGCCGCUUAUGCUGCAGGCCCUAGCCGACCCCCAGGAGUUCGUAGUUGAGCAGGCCUUACGCUCCCUUGCGACAAUGGCGGAGAUGGGUUUGCUGCAACGGGCGAAGACUUGGGAACUGAUCGACACUGUCGCACGGUUCGAGAUACAUCCUAACUUGUGGAUCAAAGAAGCUGCUUCCCACUUCAUCUCGGCGGCGACCACGUUCUUGUCCAUGGCUGACAUCCGCAUUCUCGUGGCGCCGCUGAUUGAACCCUACCUGAAGGUACCCGUCAGUACUCUCGACGAAUCUGAACUGCUUGAUGCAUUGAAGAAACCAUUGCCUCGGAUUGUGCUCGACCUGGCUGUGCAAUGGGCUGGAAGAGUGGAGAAGAGUUCGUUCUGGAAAGCCGCGAGAGAAUCAACGCAGCUUUCUCAUCUAUCAGCCGGCCAUAUGCCUCCGCAAUCGUCCGUUGCUGGCCUUGGACCCAAGGCUCUGGCGAGGACGCCAAAGACUGACGAAGAUGAACAGUGGCUAGGCCGUCUACGCAAUGCCGGAAUGCAUCAAGAAGACGAGAUGAAACUGUUGGCGUUUCGGGAAUACAUCUGGCGUGCCGCGAGGCGGACGAAAAGAGAUCAAGGCGGAGAGAACUUCAGCACUUACGAUGAGAUUGUGAAGUUGACGAAGUGGAAGGUCACUCCUCAGACGGUAAUUUUUGACAACGACGUGCGAGCUUAUGAGCAACACGUCCAAAAUCAGAACCGGACAAUUGCUGAAGCAAUUGAGGAGGCGUCGAAUAAUGCGGCGGCGGCAAGAUCAAAGAGCGUCGCGAUGAACGGAACUGGCGAUGAUGUGAAUGUCGCGGACGGACGUCAGAUAUCUCAGGCUUCGGCGAUACAGCAACCACGACGGCUGUCUGGGCUGCGGGCUAAGGGCUCCGGUAGCCUGUCAUCGUCGCCGAGCUCUGGCAUCGGGCUGCUUGGUAAAGAUGUCGACCAAGCACUACGACAAAAGGGCAAUGCUGCUGGUCUGAUGACGGGCGCCGACCUACGAAGCAAAGCCCACGCUGCGGUCGCCACGGACGAUGCCACAGCCAUUGGGAGAUUGAACCUGCCAUGGACUGGAAGCCGUCAUGAGUCGCCCGCGCCAAAUUCAUCCGAGCCCCGACGAGGCCUUGAGCGAGCGGCAAGCAAUCGUGCUGUGCACAACUACGCCGGCAAUGACCCAACUGUUCUGAGGCUUCUUGAUGCCGUCUAUGUCGACAGCUUUCCCGUGGAUGCUGCCGACUUUGGACCGCUCAUACAACCGUGCACUGGAAUCGUGCCCAGCAACGCGAGUCAAGCAACUUCUGGACCUUGGAGACCGCAAGGUCAGCUGCUUGGAAUUCUAGGAGAGCAUACUGCCGCUGUCACUCGUGUGCUUCCAGCCCCGGACCACGUCUUCUUCCUUACAGCGUCUGACGAUGGUACUGUCAAAGUGUGGGAUUCUGCACGACUGGAGCGCAAUGUUACACACCGCUCUCGCCAGACUUACCGGCUUGGCGAGGGAGUGAAAGUUACCAGCUUGUGCUUCAUUGAAGCAACACAUUCCUUUGUAUGCACAGGCUCUGAUGGAAGUGUUCAUGUAGUGAGGGUGGAUGUUGCUGAAUCAAAUUCAGUCACUCGAUAUGGCAAGCUGCGUCUUGUCAGGGACUGGCAGAUACUCACGAACAACACAUCUGGCGAAUUUGCUGUCUGGACCGAGCACUACCGAGGGGAUUCUGCAAGCACGCUGGUCAUGGCGACGAAUCUGGGGCGUAUCCUGGCGCUUGAUCUGAGGCACAUGGCUUUGCUCUGGGAUCUUCACAAUCCCGCUCACCACGGCACUCCGACGUCUUUCUGCAUGAGUCGACGGCAUGACUGGCUGCUCGUGGGAACUUCACACGGCGUGCUGGACCUUUGGGACAUUCGCUUCCGAUUGAGGUUGCGGUCGUGGACGUUUUCGAAUGCGGCGCCCAUUACGAGGGUGCAGCUCUCACCAGGACGAAAGACGUCCAAGCGCAAUAGAUUUUGCAUUACAGGAGGUACUGCACCCGGUGACAUCUCCAUCUGGGACGCGGAAAAGGCCGUCUGCUACGAAGUAUAUCGUCCAGCUCACGCCCAUAGCAAGGAGCGACUUCACGCUCGAGAAUACGAACUCAAGAAUAUGGAAGACGAAAAAGCCGAAGCACCACUCGGACGAGUCGCAGGCUCUGUCGGCGUCGAAGCCGCCAAGCUCGAGAAAGACAGCGGCCUCCCCAAACUCAGUAGCUGCUCCUUCUUCGGCUCCCAGCCCUCCACCAAAGACCCCGACGCAAACCACAUCUUCGCCCUCACCGGCGGGCCCGACAACAAGGUCCGCUUCUGGGACUGCGACCGCCUCGACGGCUGCCGCCUCAUCAGCGGCGGCAGCACGCCCGACGAAAAACCCGCGUACACCAUCAGCCAGCUCUCGCAAGACACCAAAGUCGUCUCCGAGAAGCCCUCCGAAGGCGCGCAACCCACGACGGGACUCGUGGAGUCGAAUAAAGUCGCCCCGAACACUUCUGCGAAACGUGCUGCCACAACGAUGGGGGCGGCGGCGGGUGGUUCUGCGCGGCCGCCGUCGAGGUAUGAGACAAUUCGGUUGAGCGCGCAGAAUCUUGCGAGUAGGCAUUUGGAUUUGAUCACGGAUGUGGCGUUGUUGGAGCGACCUUUUGGAAUGGUGUUGAGCGCGGAUCGGGGUGGGAAGGUUUUUGUGUAUCAGUGA